AUGGAAGUCGUUGAGGUCAAAAGUCGGGCUCCAACCAUGACCGAAGAGGAGUUGUCUAUCAUAAGUCAGUUUUACGUCGAGAACUAUAAUGUGUUUCAUGCGGCGUUCGCAGGCUCAAGUCGCCAGCCUGCAGUGAAGGCGAAAAGAGACAAGCUAGAAGAAUUAGCUCGAAUACUGACUAGCGCUGGUUAUCCAAAACGCACCGUCACGCAACUGAAUUAA